UGUACAGUUAUAAAGAACUUUUACAUUACGAAUGUACAGAUUUGCUAAUGAAUAAUAAAAUAUACGAGUAUUAAUUCAAAAUUUCAAGUUUUGAAUUCAUUCUUUAGUUGGCUUUUGUGAUUAGAUGUUAAACAAGUAUAGGCCUGGACGAAUUUCCCAUCCAUAUUUUAUACCCUAAAUCGCUGUUUGGAUGUAAGAAACAAAUUAUGAACAUAGCAAGGUUAAUUCACAGGUCACACUGAUUUUCCAAUAACCGAGUAUUGUUCGAUUGAACAUACCACAAAGUUUUUUUCAGACCGUUUAUAUGACUCAAUAUGGAUGUGCUUUAUUUGAGACCGAUAGCUGUAUUCAUUAAUUUUUCAAAACUAAACAAAUACACUCAAACGCUGCGAAAUGUAUUACUGAGAAACACCUUAAUAUAGUCAUAUCACUGUUUAAAAACGGCUUGGGCUGUUAAUGUAAGUGUGCCACACAGUCAACAGAUAGAAUAGCGAGGAACUGAUUCUCGGUCACCAUUCGGUAACCAGUAUUUGAUUAGCAUACUUUCACUUUUUGGAUUUUGUUGAAUAUGCUUACGCGUAUAAGAGCCCUGACGAGAAUACAAUUACAUUGUAUUAGAAUACAUAUAUUUACACACUUUUUUACGAAACAUCAGGCUACAAUCACACACCCCAAAUACAGAGGAAACAAUUAUUGUGACCAAAAUAUAUGUUAAAUUUGUUUAUCAAACAUAUCAAAGCCAUUCUUUUGGAUUAUAAUCGUACGUAAGAUAAUUGAAUCACCGAUAUCUAUAACUUUUAAAACCUCCGAAAUGUAAUUUGUAAUUUUCAAGCAUACACUGUUAAUGAAUUUCUUAACGUUUUGAUUUUACGACAUUACGGAAAUCUUUAUUCUAUUAUUAGUAGUUUCGUCAUGCACGAGUGACUUGGCGCGUAGUAUAAAUAGUUUUUCAUGCGUGAUUUUGGUCAUUGCGACGUUCGUUACAAGGUUGUAAGGAGUGAUAGUAGUUGUGUUCUAUAAGAUAUGAGUGAUUCGGAGAAAAAUGAUUCUCAUCAUUCGAGUGGCAGAAAUUUAAACCCAGAACAGACAAGAGCUAUUGAUGAGGAGCAAUUUGACGCCACGGACGCAGUUCGUCUUUUUAACCGACGCAUUGAGUCAGCACUCGAGAAACAGAGAGUGGCCAUUGUUUCGGAAAUUCACGAGAAAUUCCAGUCCAAGAGCUCCGAGUCAUGUGUUUUGCGUGCCGAAGGUAACAGAAUUCAAUUCUCUUUUAACGAAGAAAGGCUGAGAAGUCUCGAGCUGAUUGAAAGAAAACUUAUGAUAGACGAUAUUAGCGAAGUACUAGACAUCAUUAAAAAAGAAAAAGAGGCUCUACGUCAAAGAAAUAAGAUCCUUCGCAUCGCCGACAAGCAUGGUUGGGAUACCGUUAAAGAAUACACGGACUCGGAUUUGGCCGAUAAUUCUGAGGACGCUACUAAACUCCGUUCUGCUAUUUCCCGUGCAGCCGCUAAGAAGAGAAGGUAUAACCCGUACAGUUACGACAACAAGGAUUAUCAGUCCGCUAAGCCCGGGAUAUUCGAUGGUCUCACUCCCAGACAGCUUUUUCGUGGGAAUUCGGGAUUCCAGCAAUAUAACCAGAGAUUCAACAGACCAAACACUGCGUACUUCAGAGGAACCUAUCAAGUACCGGGAAACAACGUCAUCUGUUUGUACUGCCAACUUCCAGGGCAUUUCGCAAGAUUCUGUCCAUAUACAAAUCAACAACAGAGAGGACGCCCAGCCACAGCCCCAGAAUCAACCGUUACAUCUGACGCAGACACCAGAAAACAGUAAAACAUUGCAUAACCGUCAAGGCCACUGGCAAGACAUCUUGAAGUUUAAACAACAUCCCCAACUUGGCGUUUUUGUGAAUCUCUUGCCUGGUGUUAUUAAAAGUGCAAAGUCCAACGCAACAAACCAAAAAUAUGAUGGUUA